UGCCUGCAGUGGUUUGACAAAUGUCCUGUGACAAUGCUAUCCACUGCCCACACAUCAAAGGUCGUUACCCUGCCUCCCAACCGCCGAGGGGUGGAGAGGUCGAAGCCCGAGGUCGUUGUCAGUUACAACAACGGCAUGAAGGGCGUCGACCUCUCGGAUCAGCUGGCGCAGUCAUAUCCAGCAACCAAGAAGACCAUCAAGUGGUACAAAAAGGUAUUUUUUUACCUGCUGGAUAUGACCACCAUCAACGCGCUGGCUGUCCACCGGGCCCUCGGCGGUAAGAUGCCUCAAUGGAAGUUCCGUACGGAACUAGUUCGGGAAUUGCUGCAGCGAGGUGGCCGACCUGGCUCCUUCCGGCGGAACCCUCCUCAGAACCAACCUGAGGAGGAUCCCCAGCAGGCGCACAUGCCAGUCGACACCCCAUUCCGGAGGUGGCGGAGAUGUGCGCUUUGCUGGAGGAACCACCGGCGCAGGAAGGAGACCAGAGUCAUGUGUGCCCACUGCAGCGUUUCCCUAUGUCCGGCACCCUGUUUCCAGGCAUACCAUGCCUAAUUUAUAAAAAAUAAAAAUUCGACUUUU